AACGAAAGUAACAAGGGAAGAUAAGCUAAAUCGCGCACAGGAAUUUUCCAUCAAUUUUAUGUCGACACUGAGGAUGCUGUUGGUGGAAAUUAAGCAGGAAGAUUAGCAUUAGCUGUGUCCAGUCACGUGACCAUGAAGAAUGAGGAGUCCGUCACUGAUGGACAUCAGGGGGUCAGCACAGGACGAUCUUAUCCAGGGCCACAGACACACAGACCAGUGUCUCCAGUGCCCAGCUCUGUGUCCAUGAAGAGUGACUGGUCCAUGGAUCGGCCUCUCCAUUUCAGCAGUGGACCACCACAGCAUUAUCCAAAACCACAGAUACACACACCAGUGUCUCCAGUGCCCAGCUGUGUGUCCAUGAAGAGUGACUGGUCCAUGGAUCGGCCUCUCCAUUUCAGCAGUGGACCACCACAGCAUUAUCCGAAACCACAGACACACAGACCAGUGUCUUCAGUGCCCAGCUGUGUGUCCAUGAAGAGUGACUGGUCCAUGGAUCGGCCUCUCCAUUUUAGCAGUGGACCACCACAGCAUUAUCCAAAACCAGAGACACACAGACCAGUGUCUCCAGUGCCCAGCUGUGUGUCCAUGAAGAGUGACUGGUCCAUGGAUCGGUCUCUCCAUUUCAGCAGUGGACCACCACAGUCUGAUGCAAAACCACAGAUACACAGACCAGUGUCUCCAGUGCCCAGCUGUGUGUCCAUGAAGAGUGACUGGUCCAUGGAUCGGCCUCUCCAUUUUAGCAGUGGCCAACCACAGUCUUAUCCGAAGAAUACUCUGACCCAGGAUCAGUCCAGGUGUGGAGUUUGUGAGCAGCUACUGAGGGACCCAGUCAUCACCAGCUGUGGACACAGUUUCUGCAGGCAGUGCAUCAGCAGCUACUGGAGCCAGUCUGGUCCAUCAGGAGACUACAGCUGCCCCCAGUGCAGAAAGAGACCCAGGACACAACCCAUUACAAACCCUGACACAACUAUGGCACAACCACUUGUAUAUCCACAUACAACCAUGGCACAACCUCACCGAUACCCACCUACUAUGGCACAACCUCACCUAUACCCACCUACAGCCAUGGCACAACCUCACCUAUACCCACCUACAGCCACGACUCUACCUCACCUAGACCCAAAUACAGCCAUGGCACAACCUUUGUCGUACCAACACAGUGAAAUGGUACUUCAUCUGAACCCGUCUGCAAACAUGCCACAAGUUCCUCCAUACCCACACUCAGACAGGAGCAAUCAUUAUACACACAUCCAGCACCCUCUUUAUCCACACAUCCACACGGCACAGAUCUCUCCACAGCCUCCUAUAGAUGAGCACACAGUCAUGAGAGGCAGCACCCAUCUGCAAACUGAGCAUGCUCCAGUCGAAAGGGCCAAACUAACAGACAGCCAUGUCCUGACCAGAGUACUGAAGACCCAUAAAGCCAGCAUGAAGAGGAGGUUUGAGAGCAUAUGUGAAGGCAUCAUAAGGUCAGGGACUCAAACACUCCUGAACAAGAUCUACACAGAGCUCUACAUCACAGAGGGAGAGAGUGAAGGGGUGAAUAAUGAGCAUGAGGUUUGGCAGGUGGAGUCAGUAUCCAGACCACAAACUACAGAAGACAUAGCAAUCAACUGCAAUGAUAUCUUCAAACCCUUACCUGGACAGGAGAGACACAUCAGAACGGUCAUGACCAAGGGGAUUGCUGGCAUUGGAAAAACUGUCUCGGUGCAGAAGUUCAUCCUUGACUGGGCAGAGGACAGAGCUAACCAGGAUAUAGAUUUCAUGUUUGUGCUUCCGUUCCGUGAGCUGAAUUUAGUCCAACAUGAUCAGUACAGUCUUCACAGCCUUCUGUUUGACUUCCACCCUGAACUUAAAGAGCUACAAGAUGGUGAAUACAAAGAUCGCCACAUUGUGUUCAUUUUUGAUGGUCUGGAUGAGAGUAGACUUCCACUGAAUUUCCAAAAGAACCAGAAGUUGUCUGAUACAACACAAACAUCAUCAGUGGAUGUGCUGAUGACGAGCCUCAUUCAGGGAACUCUGCUUCCCUCUGCUCGCAUCUGGAUAACCUCCCGACCAGCAGCAACCAGUCAGGUCCCUUCUCAGUGCAUCAGUCAGGUAACGGAAGUACGAGGGUUCAAUGACCCACAAAAGGAAGAGUACUUCAGGAAGAGAGUCAGUGACCAGAAUCAAGCCAACAGAAUCAUCUCACACAUUACAGCAACCAGGAGCCUUCACAUCAUGUGCCACAUGCCAGUGUUCUGUUGGAUCUCAGCCACUGUCCUUCAGAAAAUACUGGAACAGGAUGAUGGGAAGGAAGCCCCCAAAACUCUGACUGAGAUGUUCACACACUUUCUGCUCAUCCAGACCACCAGGAAGAACCAGAAGUAUCAAGAGGAAAGUGAGACAGAUAGACAGAGGCUCCUAGAAUCACAUAAGGGUGUCAUAUUGAAACUAGCAGAGCUGGCUUUCAAGAAUCUGGAGAAUGGCAAUCUCAUGUUCUAUGAGGAAGACCUGAGAGAGUGUGGCAUUGAUGUGAGUGAAGCUUCAGUGUACUCUGGCAUGUGCACUGAGAUCUUCAGGGAGGAAUGUGUGUUUCACCACAAGAAGGUCUACUGCUUUGUCCAUCUGAGCAUCCAGGAGUUUCUUGCUGCACUUCAUUUGUUUUCCUCCUACUUGAGUAAGAACAUUGAGGUCCUGAAAUCAUUUUUUAGCACAAAGUCCUGGUCUUUACCAGAUGUGCCUCUCGAUGAGCUGCUGAAGAAUGCUGUGAACAAAGCUUUAGAAAGCAAGAAUGGACACCUUGAUUUGUUUGUUCGCUUUCUUCAUGGCAUUUCUCUGGUGUCAAAUCAGAGCCUUUUGCUAGGCCUCCUGACACACGCACACAACAGCCCAAAGAGUGUGAAGAAAACAUUGAGGAACCUGAAGGUGAUGCAGAGACAAAAUAUCUCCCCUGAGCGGUGCAUCAACCUGUUCCACUGCCUGGUGGAAAUGCAUGACUCUUCUGUCCAUGAUGAAAUCCAGGCUUUCCUGAAGGCAGAGAAAGGUGCUGUGAAACAGCUCACAUUGGCUCACUGCUCAGCCUUGGCUCAUGUGCUUCUGAUGUCUGAUGAGGUGCUGGACGAGUUUGACCUGAAGAAAUACAAAACCUCAGAUGAGGGACGGAGGAGACUAGUGCCAGCUGUGAGAUGCUGCAGAAAGGCUCUACUUGUUGACUGUAAGCUAACAGAGAAGUCCUGUGAGAUUGUGAUCUCAGCUCUGCAGUCUGCAAACUCCCCCUUAAGAGAGCUGGACCUGAGUCAGAAUGACCUGCAGAAAUCAGGAGAAAAGCUGCUCUCUGCUCUACAGAGUCCAAACUGCAAACUGGAGGCACUGAGGCUUGCUGGCUGUGGAUUCCAUAAGAAAUCUGGUGACAUUUUGGGCUUUGCUCUGCAGUCAGUAAACUCUCACCUGAGAGAGCUGGACCUGAGUAAGAAUACUCUGGGGGAUUGUGGUGGAAAGCUGGGCUCUGAAGCACUGUAUCCACACUGUAAGAUGAAGACACUUAGACUUGCUGAUUGUGAGCUAACAGCGAAGCCCUUGGAGAUUAUGGCCUCAGCUCUGCAGUCUGCAAACUGCCCCUUAAGAGAGCUGGACCUGAGUCAGAAUGACCUGCAGGUGUCAGGAGAAAAACUGGUCUGUGCUCUACUGAGUCCAAACUGCAAACUGGAGACACUGAGACUUGCUGGCUGUAAGCUAACAGCGAAGUCCUGUGAGAUUAUGGCCUCAGCUCUGCAGUCUGCAAACUCCCCCUUAAGAGAGCUGGACCUGAGUCAGAAUGACCUGCAGAUGCCAGGCGAAAAACUGGUCUCUGCUCUACAGAGUUCAAACUGCAAACUGCAGACACUGAGACUUGUUGGCUGUAAACCGAAGGGAAGAUUUUUGGCCUUGGCUCACCGGGGGGCAAAUCCCCACCUGAGAGAGCUGGACAUGAGUGACAGUGAGCUUGAGGACCAUGGAGGAGAACUGCUACUUCAACCACUGAAUCAAGACUGUAAAGUGAGACUUGCCAGGUGUAAACUCAGAUACAGCUCCUCUGAGGUUGUGGUCUCAGUUCUGCAGUCAUAUAUUUCUCAACUGAGUGAGUUGGACAUGAGUAGCUGUGAUCUUCAAACAUCAGAUGAGAAGUUGCUCUCUGGUCUUAAAAACCCAAACUGCCAACUGGAGAAACUGAGACUUGUUGGCUGUAAACUGAGUGGAAGAUUUCUGGCUGUGACUCUUCAGUGGGCAAACUCCCACCUAAGAGAGCUGGACAUCAGUGACAGUGAGCUUCAGGACUGUGGAGGAGAACUGCUCCAUCAACCACUGAAUCAAGACUGUAAAGUGAGACUCGUCAGCUGUAGACUCAAACACAGCUCCUCUGAGGUUGUGAUCUCAGUUCUGCAGUCAUAUAUUUCUCAACUGAGUGAGUUGGACAUGACUGGCUGCGAUCUUCAAGCAUCAGAAGAGGAGUUGCUCUCUGGUCUUAAAAACCCAAACUGCCAACUGGAGAAACUGAGACUUGUUGGCUGUAAACUAAAUGGACGAUUUUUGGCCUCAACUCUUCAGUGGGCAAACUCCCAUCUAAGAGAGCUGGACAUCAGUGACAGUGAGCUUCAGGACUGUGUUGGAGAACUGCUCCAUCAACCACUGAAUCAAGUCUGUAAAGUGAGACUCAUCAGCUGUAGACUCAAACACAGCUCCUCUGAGGUGGUGGUCUCAGUUCUGCUGUCAUAUAUUUCUCAACUGAGUGAGUUGGACAUGAGUGGCUGUGAUCUGCAAACAUCAGAAGAGAAGCUGCUCUCUGGUCUUACAAACCCAAACUGCCAACUGGAAAAACUGAGACUUGCUGGUUGUAAACUGACAGAGGAAUCCUACGAGGCUUUAGCCUCUGCUGUGCAGCACAUGGUCUCCCUGACAGAACUGGACCUGAGUGACAAUCACAUAAGCAUCACUGGAAUUCAGCUUCUAGAUUCACUGAAAAGUCACAUCAACUGUAAACUGCAGACAUUGAGACAUGCCUGUGGAGAACUGAGAAAAUAUGCCUGUGAGCUCACACUGGACCCAAACACAGCACACAGAAAUCUCUCUCUCUCUGAGGGGAACAGAAAGGUGACGCGUGGGAAUCAGCAGCAGCCGUAUCCUGACCACCCAGAGAGAUUUGACUUCAUCUACUCUCAGGUGCUGUGCAGAGAGGGUCUGACUGGACGCUGCUACUGGGAGGCUGAGUGGAGUGGUGGUGGGGUUUCUAUAGCAGUGGCCUAUAAGAGCACCCCGAGGAAAGAGGGGACUGGGGAGAGCAGCAGGUUUGGAUAUAAUGCCAAGUCCUGGAGUCUGAUCUGCUCUGGUUACAGUUACUCUGCCUGGCACAAUAGUAAGGACACUGCCAUACCUGCCCCCUCCUCCCGCUCCAGCAGAGUAGGAGUGUACCUGGACUGGCCAGCAGGCACUGUGUCCUUCUACAGCGUCUCCUCUAACACACUCACCCACCUGCACACGUUCCACUCCACAUUCGCUGAGCCCCUCUAUCCUGGGUUUUAUGUUUAUUCUAACUCCUCAGUGUCCCUGUGCCAGAUCACAUGACCUCCUAAUCCUGCAGCAGAGGAGAGCCACACACACUUGUUUACACACUCCUGUGUGUGUGUGUGUGUGUGUGUGUGUGUGUGUGUGUGUGUGUGUGUGUGUGUGUGUGUGUGUGUGUGUGUGUGUGUGUGUGUGUGUGUGUGUGUGUGUCCUUUUCAUCCUCUGUGUUCCAUCUUCCCUCUGACUGUGUUUUCUACUCACCUCAGUUUCUCUUACUCGCUUUGUGUGUGUGUGUGUGUGUGUGUGUGUGUGUGUGUCUGUGUGUGUCUGUGUGGUGUUUGUUGCUCCUGCUUCCCUCCUGUGUGUGUGUGUGUGUGUGUGUGUGGUGUGUGUUGCCCCUGCUCCGCUCCUGUGUGUGUGUGUGUGUUCCUCCCCUUGCUUCCUCUCUGUACCGGUCACUGUUCUCACUGUAUUCACUGUUCUCACUACUCACUCACACACACACACACACACACACACACACACACACACACACACACACACACACACACACACUCACUCACUCACUCACUCACUCACUCACUCACACUGACACACACACACACACUCACUCAUAGUCACACACACUCAGUCACACUGACACUCACACACACACACACACAUAGCCUGGCACGCCCUCCCAGUGAUUUAGCCUAACACCUUCGGCGUUGCUGUCGCUGGUUUGGCCAGCUCAUCGGGCAGGAUUUCUGAAUUCCGCAAAACUGCGGAACUGCCCCCUUUGGUCGAGAACUAAUCAACUUUGAGCAGCUCCAACGGCUCUGGGUAGAGGCGUGUUCAAGGCAGAGGAAAGAGUGUUGUUAUUGGUUUAAACUCGGCAAACCCCUUUCCGACUUCGACCAGUAGCAAAUCGAGGCACUUAAAGGAGGCGGGUCAACCAAGCGCUUGGAGAAACCGUUCAACACAGGCUCUUGGUCAGACUAAAGUCUCGCAGAGCCUUUCAAAUCGAUGGCAAUCAGGCUAACACACACACACACACACACACACACACACAGACACACACACACUCACAGUCACACUGACAGACACUCACACACACACACACACUAUACACUCACUCACACACGCAGUCACAAACACUCACUCUAUCUCACACACAUACACACACACACACACUAUACACUCACUCACACACACUCGGUCACAAACACUCACUCUGUCUCUCUCACACACACACACACACACACACACUAGCUCACACUGACUCACACACUCAAUCACAUUCAUACUCACACACACACACACACACACACACUUACACACACACACACACUCACUCACACACUCACACUCACGUAUUCAGACACACACACACACACACACACACACACACACACACACACACUCUCUCUUUCUCUUUCUCUCUCUCUCUCUGUUUCUGCUUUUUCCAUUCCUUCCUCUUUGUAGCAUCAUACCUCCUUCUGUUUCCUGGCUAUUUCUCCUGUUUCAUCCCUCCAUGUUCUUGCUCACACACACAUUUCUCUCCCCCUCUCUCUGUCGCUCCAUUUUAAAUCUGUAUUCUAUAUUUGAUCAUCUACAUGACAUAAUGGUGAGCACGUCGUAUCCAACUAGAGCAAACACACCAGACAACAAAUGAAUGUUGUGUGUUGAUGAUCUUAGAGUGACAUUUGGACUUGAACUUGGAGUGUUGUAUGUACUCUGAAGAGUGUUUUUUCUCCACCAUUAAUUGAUAUUAGUAACAAUGGAGUUUGUUGCUGCAGAGACUUUUUUACAUUGAUAUACUUGAGGGAGACAGAAGGAGGGGAGUCCCUUAUUUUCCCCUGUAUUUUUUAUUACAAAUCAAAUAUGUUAUUGGUUAAAAUGUUGUCUUAACCUUGAUAUGUGUAUAUCCACAAAGGCAAACAGGGUUUAAUUAAAAUACAUACAAAUGAAUUGAAAUGAAAUGUAAAAUGUAUGUUAUGUUCAAUUUCAUGGCACAUGUGUAUUCUUAAUGAGUCAUUCUCCUCGACC